UGGCUGCGGGCCUGGGGCCGCGGGGCUCGAAGGCGGGGCCGCGGCGGCCCGGGGCGGGGUCCCGCGCCCGCCCUCCUGACACGUGGCCGGAGAAGGGGUAUAUAGGGCCCUUCCGCGCCGGCCUCGCUCUCACUACUUCUCCCCCGGACUCCUUGGUAGUCUGUUAGUGGGAGAUCCUUGUCGCCUUUCGCCCCAACCUCCAGCGCCGCGGAGCCCUACAAGUCCCCGUCAUGCGUGAGUGCAUCUCCAUCCACGUUGGCCAGGCUGGUGUCCAGAUUGGCAAUGCCUGCUGGGAACUCUACUGCUUGGAACACGGCAUCCAGCCUGAUGGCCAGAUGCCAAGUGACAAGACCAUUGGGGGAGGAGAUGACUCCUUCAACACCUUCUUCAGCGAGACGGGCGCUGGCAAGCAUGUGCCCAGGGCAGUGUUUGUAGACCUGGAACCCACAGUCAUUGAUGAAGUUCGCACUGGCACAUACCGCCAGCUCUUCCAUCCAGAGCAGCUCAUCACAGGCAAGGAAGAUGCUGCCAAUAACUAUGCCCGUGGGCACUACACCAUUGGCAAGGAGAUCAUUGACCUCGUCUUGGACAGAAUUCGCAAGCUGGCUGACCAGUGCACAGGUCUCCAGGGCUUCUUGGUUUUCCAUAGCUUUGGUGGAGGAACUGGUUCUGGGUUCACCUCCCUCCUGAUGGAACGUCUCUCUGUUGAUUAUGGCAAGAAGUCCAAGCUGGAGUUCUCCAUUUACCCAGCCCCCCAGGUUUCCACAGCUGUAGUUGAGCCCUACAACUCCAUCCUCACCACCCACACCACCCUGGAGCACUCUGAUUGUGCCUUCAUGGUAGACAAUGAGGCCAUCUAUGACAUCUGUCGUAGAAACCUCGACAUUGAGCGCCCAACCUACACUAACCUUAAUCGCCUUAUUAGCCAGAUUGUGUCCUCUAUCACUGCUUCCCUCAGAUUCGAUGGAGCCCUGAAUGUUGAUCUGACAGAAUUCCAGACCAACCUGGUGCCCUAUCCCCGCAUCCACUUCCCUCUGGCCACAUAUGCCCCAGUCAUCUCUGCUGAGAAAGCCUACCAUGAACAGCUUACUGUAGCAGAGAUCACCAAUGCUUGCUUUGAGCCAGCCAACCAGAUGGUGAAAUGCGACCCUCGCCAUGGUAAAUACAUGGCUUGCUGCCUGUUGUACCGUGGUGAUGUGGUUCCCAAAGAUGUCAAUGCUGCCAUUGCCACCAUCAAGACCAAGCGCAGCAUCCAGUUUGUAGAUUGGUGCCCCACUGGCUUCAAGGUUGGCAUUAAUUACCAGCCUCCCACUGUGGUACCUGGUGGAGACCUGGCCAAGGUACAGCGAGCUGUGUGCAUGCUGAGCAACACCACAGCUGUUGCUGAGGCCUGGGCUCGCCUGGACCACAAGUUUGACCUGAUGUAUGCCAAGCGUGCCUUUGUUCACUGGUACGUGGGUGAGGGGAUGGAGGAAGGAGAGUUUUCUGAGGCCCGUGAGGACAUGGCUGCCCUUGAGAAGGAUUAUGAGGAGGUUGGAGCAGAUAGUGCUGAGGGAGAGGAUGAGGGUGAAGAGUAUUAACCUGUCUGCUGCGAUUUUACGUGCCAGUGUCUUGGGACUGUCUUAUUUCUGUUCUGUGAAACUGUCCACUGUGGCCCUGAGCUAUCAAUAAAAGUGAUGUUUCCAUCUUAAA